UGGGGGGGCGGGUGGAGCGGCUGUCAAAUGCAUUCAUCAAGUUUCCGGCAACCACUUUUAUACAUUCUUAAGGAAAACAAGGGACACAGCAGGAAACACUAGUAGGUUGUGAGGAGCUGCUUGUAUUUAAGACUAGAAACAACUGUCAGCCUCCAAGCAAGCAAACACACUCUGGAAUUUGCCUUGUUUCUUUUUUUUGUCUUUUUCCUUUUUAUCGGUACCAGGGAUCGAACUCACAGCUGCCUGCUUGCAAGGCCGGUGCUUAUGCCGCUGAGCUAAAUCCCCAGCUCCCAGAAUUUGCCUUAUUUCUUAAAGAGCAGAUUAUAAUACUAGCACAGUAUUGGCUGGAAACGUGAUUUAAAAGUCAAGAGUGAUUUACAAGAGAGCGAGGGGAAGCGAUGGGCGCACCGCCUAGACAAGCAAGGGUCUAGCUGUCUUCCCGGCUUUGUUAAGGCGCGCACGCGCUGUGCCGCCCCGGCCGCUCCAGGAGGCGGGGCGCGCGGUCAUGAUGUCAUCGUGCGCCGUCUGAAGGCCGCGCGGCGAUGGCGUCUCCUCGGGAGCCUUUGGCGGAGGAGCCGGUGGAAGAUCCCCUGCGGAGCUUCGUGAGAGUUUUGGAGAAACGAGAUGGCACAAUAUUACGGCUGCAGCAGUAUAGCUCCGGCGGCGUGGGUUGCGUUGUCUGGGAUGCUGCCAUUGUCCUUUCCAAAUACCUCGAAACACCGGGGUUUUCGGGCGACGGGACCCACACGCUGAGCCAACGGUCGGUGCUGGAGCUGGGCUCGGGCACCGGGGCCGUGGGGCUCAUGGCCGCUUCGCUCGGGGCAGAUGUUGUAGUCACCGAUCUUGAGGAACUGCAAGACUUGCUGAAGAUGAAUAUUAACAUGAACAAGCAUCUUGUCACUGGUUCUGUUCAAGCCAAGGUACUGAAAUGGGGAUCAGAAAUAGAAGACUUUCCUUCGCCACCAGACUACAUACUGAUGGCUGACUGCAUAUAUUACGAAGAGUCUUUAGAGCCACUGCUGAAAACUCUGAAAGAUCUCAGUGGAUCUGAAACUUGUAUUAUAUGUUGCUAUGAACAGCGUACAAUGGGAAAAAAUCCAGAAAUUGAAAAAAAGUAUUUUGAGCUUCUUCAGCUAGACUUUGACUUUGAAAAAAUUCCUUUGGAAAAACAUGAUGAAGAGUAUCGAAGUGAAGAUAUUCAUAUUGUAUACAUCAGAAAGAAAAAAUCAAAAUUGCCAUCAUGAGAACUUCAGCUGUCUUACCCAAGCCUUUGCCAGUAUGGGUAAGCUAGCGAUGGGAAUGCAGCAUGGGAAUGCGGCAUGGAAAGACUGUUCACAGACUUUUCCAGCAUGUCCUUAGAGACCUGAUAUGUGAUGACAACCACUCUGGGCCGCCUGCACUAUGAAAAAUACUGUCUGCCUGCCAUUGGGCCUGAAAUCCAACUUGUUUUCUUAGCUGACCGUCAAGUUCCUCUUAAAAGAAACACUGAGAAUGCGUCCCUCAGAAUUGGUAUUGAGGUUCUUUGAAGUCUCCCAAUAAGUUAAGCAACAUGGUUAAUACAGCACGUUUCCAGGCUACUGAAGGUUCUCAUGGUUUAAAUUCAGACCAGUACGUUUUAGUUCCUUCAAGAUAGGAUAAAUUUAAAAGGCUUAACUUUACAUAAUUAUAAGUAGUUUUAUCUUCUGUUUCAUAUAUCUUUAAUACCUAAAUGUUCUUUUCCUGAAAAAAAAAACCUGAGACUGUUGUCUUGUGUUCCUGUAUUAGCCAAAGUUUUAUUUUUGCCCUCCACCAUAGGUGUGUGAAUGGUUUCCAUAGUAAAUGAUAAACAGUUACUAAAAAGACUUCAAGAGAUGAGGGGACAAGGGGUACUGUGUCUCUGCCUGAUCUCCUCUUGGGGGUGGAGGGAAUACCACGCCCAGUACAAGGUUGGUGCACUUCUGUAGCUCACGCAGUUUUCCUUGUGUAUGUAUUCAGGAAAGUAGUUUAAAGACAUUAGUAUUAGGUUAACUUGUUUGAAAGAUCGUUAAAUAACUACAAAUGUAAUUCCAUGCACAUUUACCCAGGGAUGGUUCUCCUGUGUUGUCUUUUGUUACGAUAAUCAUCUGUCUGCAUAGACUAAGCUUCAAGGACUUCUCAUCACAGCUGCUCCAGAUAGGAACCAGAGGGAAUCCUGGUAUUCACAGGCACUCAGUGCUGGGUGGCACAUUUUAUGUGUUAAAAUAAACAUUGUUUUUAAGA